UACGGCUGAAGUUUGUCCUCGCUGGCUUUCCAUCGCUCAGACAGCUCGGCUUCAAAGCCACAAACAGGGAAGAAUCUCCAUCAACACAAGAGGAGCUGUGACUCACAGUUGUACGGACUGCUCUCUCUGUCUCUGGUUCUCAGGAGCUCGACGCGUUAUACACAGAAGUUGCUCCAGUGUAUCCCUUUGGAGUGCUUUGCAGUGAGUACGCUUCUCCUUCAGACAGAUAGGCUUUUAGCAGGCUGCGUCUCUGUGGCCAUGAGGGAUCAUGGCAGAACUGCAGGUGGAUCAAUCUAACCUGCCUCGGGUUCAGGAGGUGUCCCAGUAUUUCUCGGUGCUAGAAGAUGGAGCAUUGGCACAUAACUUACAGGAGCAGGAAAUUGAGCAGCACUACAGUUCCAACGUUCAGAGGAAUCAGCUGGUUCAGAAAGACAUUCGUGUAGCCAAGAGGCUGCAAGAUGAGGAGAAACAAAGAGCUCAGAUGCUUCAUGAGCAAGCCACUCGUCAGCUGGAAGCGCAGGACUCCGAGUAUGCCCGGAGAAUUCAAGAAGAGCUCCUGCAUGCUGCGGACGAAGAGAGGAAGAGGGAAGAAAGAGAUGAGGAAAUAGCGAAACGAAUACAGGAAGAGGAAGAGCUAUACGUCAGGCAGAGGACCAGCUGCCGAAGAAUAGAUAGCAGAGAGAAGAGCAGCACCAUCAGAUCGACAAACGUACAUCAGCCUAGUCGGCCUCUCUUCAUUGAAGAGGAAGAGUUGGUCUGGCACAGCCAGGCGCACUCCCCCUCUCUUUCCCCGUCAGACUCUGAGGCUGAACACUAUGAACACAGGAGGUCUUUUAGUAGGGAGUAUUCGGACAAUGCUGAGCAGCGCCGUCAGCCUGUGCGGGAGCUGCCUCUCAGGAGACGUUCAGGACAAAGCCGUAAUAGCUGUACCAGCCAGAGCAGCGCACCUGGAAAUCUUCAGGGAGGAUGGAGUGAUGUCGUCCGGCUCAUAAAGAAUGACUUGAGUGAGCAGGGCUAUCUCAGUUACAGUUCUGAAGAUGAAAUCUUUGAACCAGUCUAUGAACUGGAAAGAAUCUUCAGUCGGCGCCAGCAAUGCGGCAAGCGGGGGACGAGGCUGUCUCACCACAGCAGUAUGAGAGAGGCAAAUGGCCGAAAAUGGCAAGGGGACCGAGUGAACCAAAUGGACAGAUAUAGACACUCUGAGUACAAGGACAGCAGAUGUGUGAGAUCAGAGAGCAGGCUAGUGCGAGAUUACAGCGAUUAUAAAUCAGGGGACGGACAGAGACGUGUUCGCUUUCUGGAUGACCAGAAUCGAGAUAGCUUUUAUAUUGAUAGUCGUACAUCAUUUGAUCAACGUCCUAGUGAAAAUAGAAAUUUAAGAAGUUAUAAUGUGAGACCCUAUCACAGUAAUGUUCAUAUAGACAGAAUAUUGACAGGUAAAUUAAACGAAGCGCACAGACAGGAGGCUUAUGGAAUGAGGAACUGUUUGUCACAGGAGAUAAAAGAGGAAGAUCAUGGCAGGUUCAGAGAGAGAGGAAGUUGGGAGGGAGGCAGCCGCAGGGGUCGAGUAGAGCAACGGCCAAGAGCACAUUCUCCUAGGGUGGAGGCAGGGAGCAGACGGUACCAUGGGGAACUUGGCAGGAGAUGCAUAGGGAGCGAUCGAUGGCCAGGUCAUCAGGAGGACAGGUCAAGUUCUGAAGGUGAAGAUGUGGAAAGGGAGAGAAGAAGACUCGAGACUCGAGUGCCAAGGCAACCUCAACGCAGCCUCAGUGCGUCUUUCACAGGGCGCUCUGCUGGAGCAGGGCAGAGUGUGAACAGGCCCUCUUUGGAUUUGGGUGAACUCAGGCAGGUCCUGCAGGAUGAAGAACUCGCCCGCAGGCUACAGGCAGAGGAAGAGGAGUUGCUCAGAGGGGAUCUUGCAACCGCCACUUUAGAGAGAUCUUACCCGGAAGGGGACUUUACAGUAGCGCAGGUUGCUCAAGAUGAGGAGAUUGCUCACUUCAUUCAGAAGCAAGAGAUAACAUCUCAGCUGCAGUCUCGAGAGCUGGAGGAUUGUGGCUCUGCGCGAGGAAAUCGAGAAAUGAGUCAUGUGUAUGACAACAGAGAGGGCUGUGAUGGACAGAUGCCGAGGGAGCGUCUGAACUCUGAGGGUCUUGUUUCUCCUCGUGAUGAGUGCUUUCUGGAAAAUCAGCUGUCAAGUCCUGUUUCUUUGGCAAUGCAGCAGCAUCCAUUCAGGAACGUUGCUGAGGAACUAGAUCCGACAUUUCAAAGGAAAGGGAGCAUGCAAGCAGGACAGAGUACUUCUGACACGUGCCUAGUCCAAACUACACCGCAAGCCGGGUCAUGCGAGGAGCCCACAUUCGUGGCCCCCACUAAACGACAAAACGACAAGCCAGGACGCGCAAAGUCCAAAGAAAAAAAGGAGAACACUAAAUCGAAAGAAAACUGUAAACAGCAAUGAUGAUGCCAGCAACAUUGUGUUGUUUGUUGUGGUGUUGAACGAAUCAACACGAGCAGAUGUACACUCCAACAGUUAACAGCAGGGGAUCAGCAAUGGAUCAAUGGAUCCAACUGUUACUUUUCUUUUUCCUUUGGAACUUUUGGGGUCAGUUUAAUCUCAAAAUAAUGCCAGAAAAUGAUUUGUAUGCUUUACUACAUUUGGUCAAAUGCAUGAAGCUAUUUGUGUUGUAUUUUCAGGGGAAACAUUAUAAUAUUUCAUUCUGUGUACUUCACUUUUUCUUCUACUUCAUUUUUAGUACAUUGUACAGCUGGCCAAGAGACCGAGAUGGCCCCGAAAUCACAUCCUAACAUGACUGUUUUUCAGUUUAAACAAACCAUUUUUCUGAAUUCACAUUACACAUAUUAUCAGUAUAACUUAAAUAAACCAACAAUUAAAUAAGCAAAAGCAAAAAAAAAACAAAUUCAUCCACUCAUGGCUUUGUAGCGAUGUUAUCGGUUUCCUCCCAUGCUUCCUGCCUGGCUUUAUCUAAAAUGUAAAUGCAGCAUUUUUUUUUUUUUUUUGAAUUUGUAAAGUAUGCAGCUUAUUUAAUUUUCUCUUUUCCUUCUUACAUUUACAGAACUGCUAUUUGUAUUAUAUAGACUACCGUUGGACAGGGUUUGCUUCUGUCACAAUGAAAGCCUAAAACCCUGUUCAGAAAUAGUUCUCAGAUUAGAAAUGAUGAAGUUGAUAAAACUGAUUGAUUAUGUCUAUGCUGCUUUGGUGAAUCAUGGACCUCUACACUAAGUUAUUGCAUCUGACGUAUUAAAAAAAUGUAAAGAA